AUGGCCAUUGGUGAUUUCGAUUCUAUUACUUCUUCAGAAGAAAAAAUAGGUGGCAGGGCAGUUAAUAGAAAAGCAAUGCAAGAUUUUAAUACUUGUUUCGCUAAAUGUGAACUGAUGCAAGCUCAUAAAACUGGUCUACAACAUUCCUGGUCAAAUUGUCAGCAUGAUUGGGGUUACAAACUUGGUCUGAGAAUAGCUUCAGAUCAUGCUCCUUUGCUGGGUGGGAGUGUGAAUAUACCUAAGCCAAAAAACAUUCCUUGGAAAUUUCAUAAAAUGUGGUUAUCUCACUCUAGUUUCAUGGAAGUUGUAUCUCAAAGUUGGAGUGAAGAAGUGAUUGGUGAUCCAGCUUUUGGUUUUCAACAAAAGUUAAAAAAAUUAAGAAACAUUCUUAAAGACUGGAAUUGGAAUGUCUUUGGAAAUGUGCAUUUAAAAUUAAAAGAAGUUGAAGAAGAAGUUCAAAAAGCAAUGCUUUUAUCGGAUUUAAAUCCUGCUGACACUGAAGCCUUAGACAAUCUAGUUGUUGCUGAGAAUAAUUUUAACUCCAAGGAGGUUCAUCUAAGUACAAUGCUUAAACAGAAAGAUAGAACAAAAUGGGUCAAGGAAGGAUCUGCAAAUACAGGUUUCUUUCAUGCAAACUUCAAAAUCAGACAGUCUAGAAACUUCAUAAGUGAGUUGCAAGAUGAAAAUGGUGAUAUUACAACUGAUCAAUCAAAUAUUGCAUCCACUUUAGUUCAGCAUUUCCAACAAAAGUUUCAGUUUAAAGAAGUAGAGCAAGUUGAUUGUCUCCUGGAAGUUAUUCCAAAAGUCAUAACUGAAGAUGAUCAACAAAUGCUUGAUGUUAUUCCAAAUGAAAAAGAGAUAAAAAAAAACAAUUUUUAA